AUGGUUAUGACCUCUCCAUUCUUUUCAUUGGAACAUGCAAUUACUGUUGCUAGAGACAUAUGGUUCCGUAAGGUGAAUGUUAGUUGUUGGUUGGAGACAAUAUCAACACGAUCUUGUUCUAACCAAUACUUGAAAAUGGCAAACGAAGUUACUAUGCAGGAACUUCAUGAAUGGGGAUCAAUGUACGAGAAGAAAUUUAGAUAUGUUUUUGUGACAUGUGCAUCUGGUAAGACCUUUGAAGACAUACUUGCUAAAUUAAAGAAACACGAUGUUGUUGAGUUGAAUAUUGCUUCAAAAGAGGAAAUGAAGUAUAUAGAAUUGCAUAUUACAGAGUUUCUUUCCAAGAAAUCUGCCCAAACUACCGACAAAGGAGAUGUGUCAGCUGAAUAUUCAGGUGAAAUAGUUAAUGACACUCUAGAUGGGGUAGAAACUGAUUCAGAAGACAAUUUAGAUGAUAUCUCCUCCGGUGGAAUUGACAUCUCCAGGAAGUUUGAGCUCAAUAAGGUUCUGGAAGAAGACAAUGAAACUUUAUACACCUAA